AUGUCGGAGGGGCCGUCCGAUUUGUCUAGUUCGCAUCUAGAGCCCCCCAGUAGGACUACGGAGAUUCAAGAUCCAGGAGCUGGCGACCAUAUAACUUCUGAAAGCGACGAUGAACACUUCUCAGAUGCCAGUGAAGGCAAUCCCCAACUCCAGUCAUUUCCACGAUCCGGUCGCACUUCCCCUGUCCCGCGAACGCGAGUCGAGAGGGUUGACAGCAGCACCCAACAUGGCGAGAUUCCUGGUACAGCAGCAUUCGAAAAGAGAGAACAGGAUGCAGUUCCCGAUGAGAUCGAGGUUAUUCCAGAAGGCUCACACAGCCAGACGUGUUCGCCUGCGGGGUCAGAGGACCAAACCUUGAGCCCUGAAGACUUGCCGAUUCCGCGCACAGUGGUCGAGAAGGUGGACCCAGAUGAACCUAGCCAUGGCGAAGUCCCCGGCACUUUGGCACGUGAGCAGCGCCUCGCCGAUGCUGUGCCCGACGUGGUGACCAAGGCUUCAGAUUCCGAGGCCAGCCCGACGCCGCCAGCACUUGACCCUACACCUCCUGAGCUUGAUGGCUCUGCAACAGAUAUUCCUGAGACACGACUCGAGCGGGUGGAUACAAUACCCGCCGAGGAAGACUUGUCGCCACACCCACAAGCUCAUAAAAGCUCAACAAGUGACGCAUUACCCGACACGGUAGAAACUGUCCCGGAUGUCUCAAUAUAUGAUACAGACCUGAAAAACAAAGAACUCUCAUUGGAGGAUGACAUGAACGACGACCACGGAUAUGAAAAGCAAGAAGCGGGGGAUGAUUUUGAUGAAUUUGUAGAAGAGCAAGAAGACAUGGGAGAUGAUGAUUUUGGAGAUUUCGACGACGGCUUCCAAGAGCCCAGUGCAGAGGAAGCUCCCACAGACGAAACUGCGAAAUCUCAGCAAGCCGCACCUCCACCUCUUACUGACUUCGACACAUUCAAAUCCACCUCCGAACUCCUCGAUUCCCUCCAAGACACCCUCAACCUCCUCUUCCCCGCAUCCCAAGACCUAAGCUCUCUCACCCCCGUCGAGCCAAUCCCAGACUCCGCAGCAAUCUUCAGCACCGAUCGAUCCCUCUCGCUAUGGUCUCAGCUCGUGGCACCGCCACCCCUCCAGCCUCAAAAUUGGGUGAAAUCCCGCAUCCGCCGACUAUUCCUCGUAUCCCUGGGCGUACCCGUUGAUCUGGAUGAGAUCCUUCCAGCCUCCAAACAGAAAAAGCUCAUUCUCCCUUCUAUUGAUCUUGAAGGCAACGGCGCAAAGAGCCCCGGCGAUCGCUCCGCUAGUCAAGUCCGCAAGGAAGAAGGCAACGAAAACAACACCGAAAAGGGACAAGCUCCCUCCCGACAGAAGGCUACUCCCCGCCGCGGCGCACCGCCGGCACCGGAAAUAGAUCUCUCGGCAGUCCGCCGGCUGUGCGCCACUACCGAUGCUGCACUGAAUGGUCUCACGGACUCGGAGUUGAAGCUGCAUGUGCAGGAAUUAAACCAAGUUACCCAACGCGCUAGUUCGGUAUUGGAGCACUGGCUGAAGCGGCGGGAUGGCUUGGUUGGCGAAAAAGAGGCUUUCGAGGGGGUCAUUGAGAACCUCGUUAGUCAUGUUAGGAGAGUCAGAAAGUAG